CGUACUCGUCGUUUCCUGCGUGUGACCGACCUCGCGUCCUCAACGAAAGCCAGUGCAGCUGGCGUGCUAGAGCUUCUGUCAUCUUGCCGGGAUUUUUGUGAAUUUCAGAGCCGUAAUCAUGGUUUUCGAGAGGAAGAUGCUCACAUACGGCGACCCCGAUGACGAGGAAGAUGCCCCUGCGGAAGAGGAAGAGGAGGAGGAAGAAGAGGAGGAAGAGAUGGUGGACCCCCUAGAACUGAUCCGAGCUAAGUGUGAGCAGACUGAACACUGUGUACACACGAAGGAGCGUCUGGAGGCCUGUGAAGCCCGGGUCGGCUCCAGAUCCAACACCGAGGAGGACUGCACAGAAGAGCUCUUUGACUUCCUGCAUGCACGCGACCAUUGUGUAGCACACAAGCUGUUCCACAAUGUGAAAUGACCUGCCUGCCCGAUUCCCACCACUUGCAGCUGUAAAAUCCCUACAAUUGCUACAACUGUAAAAUAAUUAGGACAGUUCUGUCAUUAUUCUGUGUAUUAAUGUAAAUGAAUUUUAAUGGGUUCUGAACUAAACACAUGCCACCCUUUCUGCAUACGUGUAUAUAAAGGGUCAGAAGUAUAUGCAACGUGAGUCACUGCUUGUAUAGGCAAUGGAUGCAUCCAAGGUUAGCAGAGGUUGUGCAUAGAAAGGAAUGAGGAUUCUUCAGUGUGGCCAGUUCAUAUGCAAAAAGAAGUAUGCUGCUCAGGUAGCUGAGAAUUUACCUCAGGUUCAGUCUUGGAUUCAUUGUCCCCUCUGGGGAAAAAUAAAAGUUUUCUUUGGUUUCCA